ACUGACGCCAGGCUUCGUGACGUCAUACGCGGAAGCAAAACACGACCGUAGGUGUAGGUGGACCACACGUUACUUCACCUAGUUGGUGCUCGUCAUUCGGAGCCUCCGGCAGGUUGAGAGACAUGUCUGCCCGUCCUGCAGAGGGUUUGGUGGAGCAGUGGGAGAGUGAGCAGGCCCGUCUCAGGCAGCAGGUGGUGGAGGAGGACACCGAGGACUGGCAGAGGAGUCCGGACUUCUCGGGCCUGGAGAGAGUUGGAGGAGUGGACCUUUCCUUCAUCAAAGGGGACGACGUCAACGCCUGCGCCCAGCUCGUGGUGCUCAGCUACCCCGACCUGGAGGUGCUGUAUGAGGACAGUCAGAUGGUGACCCUGACGGCCCCCUAUAUAGCCGGCUUCCUGGCUUUCAGAGAGACCCCCUUCCUCCUGGAUGCUUUGAAGCGGCUGGAGGGGAACAAGCCUGAACUUCUGCCUCAGGUGGUGUUUGUGGACGGGAACGGUCUCUUCCAUUACAGAGAGUUCGGCCUGGCUUGUCAUCUGGGAGUACUUUCAGGGCUGCCAUGUGUGGGCGUGGCCAAGAACCUGCUGCAGGUGCAGGGUGUGUACAAGGGUGAAGAACACCAGUCACAGAUAGCUGCUCUGCAGAAAGGAGGAGACAGUUUCCCACUCACAGCUGCCUCAGGCAAAGUGCUCGGAAAGGCACUGCGAAGCUCCGACAAGAGCUCUAAGCCCGUGUACGUGUCCGUCGGCCACAAGAUCAGCGUGGACACAGCUGUACGCCUCACACACUCCUGCUGCCGCUACCGGGUGCCAGAGCCCAUCAGACAGGCCGACUGUCGCUCCAGAGAAUACCUUCGCAUACGCUUCCCAGCUGCAGAUUCAUGAGUCAAACAAUGAGAUUGCAAAUGAUACAGCAAAGGAUCUCAGGAACUCAGCAAUCUCAACAAUGGCAGAAAACCUCCUGUGUGUGUGUGUGUGUGUGUGUCUGUCUGUCUGUCUGUGUGUGCAAACAAGUGGUACUACUAUCAUUAUAACACGUUAAUUACCAUACAUUAUAGAAAAAGUACAGCAUUAAAGACAAUAAAGCAGAUCAAGCAAUCACUUUGACACCACUUGACUAGCAGCUUUGUAAAAAUGAUGGAGGCAGAUGACCAAUCUGUGCUGAGCAUUGGCCCACUGAAUUGAAAAGUCCCACUGCAGCCAGUAACUGUUAACACUCUUUCUCAUACCAAGAAUGGGAUGUGCUUAAUUGAAGCACUUAAUUGAAUUAACGGCAUACCCAUGGCAUUGCCGCUUGCCCUAAGCUGUAGCCUGAUAUGCACCUCCCCAGAAAUGGAAGUGCAUGUCACAGUGAUGCAGAUCCCAGUUGUUGCGGUCUGUGUCACUGUAACAUGCAGUUUCAUUCACUUGGAAGAACUGCAGAUUGCAAGUGGCCAACACCGGCUUGACGAAACCAAGUCGUUCAAGUGGGGUUUGCAUGGAGGGGCAUCCCGCCCUGCAGACGCUCUGCCUGUCUGCUGUCUUUAGCCCAGAGACACAGCGAUUAGCUGAAGGAGUCACCACAGCCAGCAACACAGACAGGCCAUUGAACAUGUAUAAAUGCUCACUACAAUGUAGGCCACUUGUGUAGGUUACUGUGUUGGCUCUGUGUAGAGCCUACGUGCAACCAUAAAUCAGCCUUUAUUAUAACACCAGAAGUCAAGCUUGGUGGAUGACAUGAAAGUCACAGAUUCUACUGUAAUACACUCCAGUUUAACAACAGCCUUUGGGCUUAACUUUUACUAAGUUAAGCCCAAAAAGUUAUUUGAUUUGAUUUUUUACCGUUUUCAUCAGUUGCUAAAAAAAGUGGACUAUUUAAAUCUAAUCACCUGGUUCUGGGUACUGUAUGAUGAUAAGUUUAGUUUUUAUAAAGAUAAACAGUGGGAAAAAAAAUAGAUAUUUGGCUCCUACUACUAGAUAAUGGGGAUUAAUUGGCUCUACUUGUUCCACUGCACAGGCAUCUGUGUGUGUGUGUGUGUGUGUGUGUGUGUGUGUGUGUGUGUGUGUGUGUGUGUGUGUGUGUGUGUGUGUGUGUGUGUGUGUGUGUGUGUGUGUGCAUGCGUGCGAGAGAGUGUUUGGAUGAGAGAGCGUGCGUGUGUUUUAGUGUGUGAGAGAGAGUGUGUUCACUAACUUUCAAGUGCUUUUAAAAGCGCAGCUGUUUUAGUCUUGGCCAAGACCGUCAUAUUAACUGUGUCUUUUUAUGUACUCGCCCCAUAUUUAAACUGGAUAUGGGUCAGACUGCCUCUUUUUAUACACUGUUCUCAUUACAUUUUUGGGUCACUCGGCUUUUUACACUGGGAGCCUUUGUAAAUAAAUCAUAUCUCCCUGA